UCCCCGCGGCGGGGUCCCGGUCCCUCUCUGCCCCCGCCCCUUCCUGAGCCCCUGGUUCCUUAGAAACGGCCGCGGUCCCGGCCACGCGCGAGGCUGCCGCCGGCCACCAGCGCGCGCCCUCGCCCUCGCCAGCUCCCGCCCCGUCCCGCCCUGUCAGUACCGCAACUCGCAUCUCCGCGCGCCGAGCCCCGCACGGGCCCCUGCGCGGCCCUAGGGCCCCCGGCGUGUCUGAGGUGGGGAUGCCGGCAGGCUCGGGCCGCACCUCCGCGGGCCCCGCGCGCCAGGAGCCAUCCUUGAUCUGUGGGCCUGAGGAAUGAGGCCCUGGUGAAGAGAUGAAUUGGUAAAGCCAGGAUGAAGCUGCUACCGGGAGUUGGAGUCUUUGGGACUGGCAGCUCUGCUCGAGUUCUGGUCCCGUUACUGAGAGCUGAAGGCUUCACCAUAGAGGCGCUGUGGGGCAAGACUGAGGAGGAGGCAAAGCAGCUGGCUGAAGAGAUGAGCAUUUCCUUCUACACCAGCCGGACAGACGAUGUCUUGCUACACCAGGAUGUGGAUCUGGUUUGCAUCAACAUCCCCCCUCCACUCACUCGGCAAAUAGCUGUGAAAGCUCUAGGUAUUGGGAAGAAUGUGAUCUGUGAAAAAGCAGCAACCUCGGUAGACGCCUUCAGGAUGGUGACAGCGGCACGCUACUACCCCAAACUCAUGAGUCUUGUGGGGAAUGUCCUUCGAUUCUUACCUGCCUUUAUUCGGAUGAAGCAACUGAUUGAAGAGCAUUACAUUGGCACUGUAAUGAUCUGUGACGUGCGUGUGUACUGGGGCAGCCUUCUUAGCCACAAGUACAACUGGAUCUGUGAUGAGCACAUGGGAGGCGGUGGUCUGCACACAAUGGGCACCUAUAUUGUUGACCUCUUAACUCACCUAACUGGGAGGAAGGCUGAGAAGGUCCAUGGUUUUCUGAAGACAUUUGUGAAACAGAAUGCCGAGAUCAGUGGAAUCCGGCACGUCACCAGUGAUGACUUCUGCUUUUUCCAAAUGCUUAUGAAUGGGGGUGUUUGUGGCACAGUAACUCUCAACUUCAACAUGCCAGGCUCCUUUGUGCACGAAGUCAUGAUUGUGGGGUCUGCUGGUCGCCUCAUAGCCCGAGGAUCUGACCUCUAUGGACAAAAGAGCACUUCGCUCCAGGAGGAACAGCUGCUGACAGACUCUUUGACAAUCAAUGCAGGGCUUCUAGAAAAUGGAUUUAAAGACAUUCCAUUGCUGUACCUGAAAGGCAUGGUAUACAUGGUGCAGGCUUUGCGCCAGUCAUUUCAGGAACAAGAUGACCAUCGCACCUGGGAUUGUAAGCCAGUCUCCAUGGCAGCCUCGUUUGAGGAUGGGCUUUACAUGCAGAGUGUGGUUGAUGCCAUAAAGAAAUCCAGCAGGUCUGGGGAGUGGGAGACUGUGGAAGUCAUGACUGAGGAGCCAGAUGCCAAUCAGAACCUUUGUGAGGCACUGCAAAGAAACAAUGUAUGAGCCGGCUGCUGGCCAUUUGGGAUGGCGGUGUAGGGUAGGGGGUAUACCAGGCCCCAGCCUUCUUUGUGGAAAACACAUGGGUUUGUGUUUAAUAAGUCAGGUUAUCAUAUGUCUGGGCAAAAACCUGAGGUAACGUCGGGGGAAAGGCAGGGUGAUUUCUCCUCAGACUCAUUGGGAGGUUCAGGGCUUCCAUUGCUGUUGGAUCAGAUUGUUAGCAAAACUUGAAUUUCCCUUUGCACUUCCAGAAAAGGACAGAGCUCUCACCCAUGACAUCAUGGGUGUGAGAAGAAGUCAGGCCUGCUUGUUCACACCUUUUAAUAGGAUGGGAAAACAUACAUUGAGGAGCCAGAUCUGCUGCCCCCGGCCUCCUGGGAAGUUACUUUAGGCAUCCAGACGUGGAGAGAACUGAUAACAAGGUCUCUCUCCCCAUCCCCCUCCUGGGCAAGGAUACCUCUGUCAGGGCCUCGGGGCCCAUCUGUGGCUCCUCUUCCCUGACCUACCUUCCUUUGUUCACAAAGGGGCAAGAUGUAGAGAAAGGACUCUCCUCUCUGUUGAUUUAUAGGCUCAGGUCUUCUAACUGAAAGGUAAGAUGGGGAAUAUGGGACCACCUUCACACACACACUACCCAGAGUCUAAAUGCUGGAAGAGAAGGGGAAAGUCCCAGUUCUAAAGAACUCCCUCUUGGAGGUGACUAGAGCAAAUGUUUGGUGCAAAGAGAAGAAAGAGAGGAUUAAAACACCUGAAAAAAUCUAAAAUAAAUUAAUAAGAAGAUCUGAUAUUCUGAAUUGUUUGUGGGGUGGGAGAGGGAAGAAAUUUUGUGGAAAUUUUAAAGACUCGUUUAAGGAGACUGAAGUUUUUAUUUCUUUGUGGACUCUGCAGUGACUAGUCCUCAGCGAUUUCCAUGAAACAGGCAUAGAGGUAACUGAUUUUUGGAGAAACUUAUCAUUUGAACAAAUUGGCCCAUACAUCUGGGCCCCUUUCUCUGCCUCUGACUCUUUAGCUUCCAUCCUGGCCUCUCACCAGCCCCUCCCUACCAUGGGUCCCAUCUUUGGUGUUCUCUGAAGGGCUGGCUUCUCUCUCAGGGAAAAAAAAAACAACACAAAACAUACAGAAAUGUAGGUGGUACUUAUGGCUUCCUGAGGUCAUGUGUAGUUUCAGGAAGACUGGGAGAUUGGAGGCUUCUCAGAAAACUCAGAGCUGAGUACACAGAGGAAAAGUGACGACUGCCACAGAAAUGCGCAUGCAGUCCCUAGGAUAAAGAAGGGGCACCAGUGGUGUCUCAGGAAGCAACUGAGGGCUGGGGGCAGACCAUCUGCAGGCCUCCCAGGACACCCCCUGCCUCCAGCCUGGGUCAGGUUUGGGUGGAAAAACGCACUGCAGGGACUGAUUUUUACCUGUAAUGCACAGGAGGUAACUCCCGUCUUAUUAAAUGUGUUUUGUGUAUGUGAGGAUGCUUUAGUUUGUUCUUUCCAGCCUUCUAUGUGUUCACAUGAAGCAUCGAUUUCAGCUUGAUG